AUGAAAGUUUUGACUAGUCUCCCUAUUUUACUCGGCUGCUGGACUCUGUUAUAUCUGGACUUUUUACCGCAAGCGCUCUCCCUCACCGGAGUGGCGGCGCAGCGCUCCGGCGGACACCGAAACACCGGUGCGGACAAACUCAAUCUAAGCGCUUCACGGUUAACGGUGGCGCACAACGGCACCACGCCCGGAAAGCCCUUUGACAACGCGAAGAUUUCUCGAAUCAGGGCUGGGCCACCUCCGAUAAAGGUCGAGGCAAACCCGGCGACAAACGCGCAAAGCGGCCGCGCCACAGUACCUGUCAGUUUUGGGCGCAGGGAGGCCGUGCGCUCUUGGAUACCCAAGGAUGCGGUGCGGGUUGCACCCGGCACGGCAUCCUCUUUCAGCAUCAAACCCCAACCAGGACACAAUAAAGGAAAUGGGGUUUCCAUGCAAAAAUCCCCUGCGUCUUCCACGAUUAAAGCAGGACAGCCCAAAACAGGGGUGAUGAAAAGUAUCGCACCGGCUCCGGCGCAGCUGAGAGCGAAAACUCCAGUGAGGCUUGAGGACAGCGAGGCACCCAAACACCCCUUAGUGACGCCGCAUGACUACAUGCUGUCCCUGUACUGGUCACUGACCAGUGGAGAGGUCAAUACUAGUGUCCUUCACGAGGCUGGGAUGGCCAACACCAUCACUAGUUUUGUAGACAGAGGACAAGAUGACCGUGUGACCAUGCGUCGUCAGAGGUACCUCUUCAACAUCAGUUCAAUGGAGAAGGAGGGUCUGUUGGGUGCAGAACUGCGCAUCCUUAGAAAAAAACAUGUGGACUCUCGUAAAGCCACAUUUGCAAAGGGCACGGCUUCUUUGAGACUAUACACUUGUGCCACAAGUAAGCACAGAUCCAUGAUGCUCCAUUCUCGGCCUAUUGAUCAACACAGCGCCCCGUACUGGGAAGUGUUUGACAUCUGGAAACUGUUCAAGAACUUUAGAAACAACCCUCAGCUUUGCUUUGAGCUUGACGCUGUCGAUAAAGGCCGACCGCUUGACUUGAGAUUGCUUGGCCUGAGUCGGUUGGGAAGAAAUACUAAAGAGAAGGCCUUCUUUGUGGUGUUUGGACGUACGAAAAAGCGUGGGCUCUUCUACAAUGAGAUCAAAGCACGUUCAGGGCAUGACAACAAGACGGUCUACGAGUACCUCUUCACCCAACGGAGGAUGCGGCGAGCACCUUUGCCACGUGGCAAAAAACUGCCCAAGAACCCCAAACAGCGGUGCAAUCGCAAGCAGCUACACGUCAACUUCAAGGAAAUGGGCUGGGAUGACUGGAUCAUUGCUCCUCUGGAGUACGAGGCCUUCCACUGCGACGGCAUCUGCGACUUUCCAAUUCGUUCCCAUUUGGAGCCUACGAAUCAUGCCAUCAUCCAGACCCUCAUGAACUCCAUGGAUUCCAGGUCCAUACCUCCUACCUGCUGUGUCCCAACCAGACUUAGUCCAAUCAGUAUCCUGUACAUUGACUCAGCCAAUAAUGUGGUCUACAAACAGUAUGAGGACAUGGUGGUUGAGAGUUGUGGUUGCAGGUAGCGAGAACUUGCUAAAGGCUUUUAACCAAAGCAACUUACAUUGCAUUGAAGGGAAACAUUUUAUUCGUAUGUGUGCAUCCCCUUGGGAAUCAAACCCAUUGGUGUUGCUAGUCUACCAGUUGAGCUACUCGAACGGUAAAGGAAAAUCAUUGGAGUUUCCAAACUGAAGGAAAAGUUCUGCAGACCUUUAAAAAGCAAGCAUAAAUGCUAAGACAAAGUUGAAAUAGAAACCCUUGAUGUUUCUGACUUUCCACAGGAGCUCUCAAAAAUUCCAAAAGGACAUUCAACGAGCUGGAGAGAGACAAUGGAAAAACUCAAGAGUAUGUCUCCCUGUUUGUUGGUCCAUUUGUUGAAAAAAGAUGUCUAUGAACCGCCAAACAGCUUGGAGAAGCCAUGCUGAUUUCUCAUUAACUUCUGUAGGUUCAUAAAAGGAUUCUGAGCAAAUGAACAGACACUGUUGCUUAGGCAUUUUUACCUCUGUUUACACAAACCUGUGUCGAUGUGCCAACGCAAAUGUAGAUGUCUUGUUCUUCAAAUAAUACAUUCAUGUAAACAACAGAUUAGUUCGCAGCUCCUGUACAGGGCUCCAGACUAAAAAAAUGACUUAAGAGCCAUUGGCUCCUAAACUGAAACAUUAAGGAGCCAAAUGGCUGUUUUUAGUAGCCAAAUCACAGAUUUUCUCGAUUUAGAUUGCUGUUCAGAAACAAGAUAGAAAGCCAAAGAAAAGGAAGUCAGCUGGUAACCCAUUCAUCGAAGGUUUAAUAAACAGUAUAUUUAGUUGAGAAGAUAAGUUUCCCUUUUGCAUUCCCUUUUGUCUCAUAAAUGUCCACACCCCUUUCAUAAUUUAUACAAAUAUAAGAGAUAAAUGAUUUGUUUUUAUUUAGUACUGCUCUUCAGAAUCUACAUUACAGAUAUUUACAUGAAGUAUAGCAUGCAUAUAGUAGUGUGUUGUCUUCUUGAGCAUCAAUAUAUGUUUGCACCUUGUGUAAUAGUUG